CGCAUAGAUAACACUUGACCCGCCCUGACAACACGCCUCUCAACCACGAGCUCCACCGAUCCCCCCCUACCAAGCAGCAGCCAUGGCAGCGUCUCUCCAGGCCGCCGCCACCCUGAUGCAGCCGGCCAAGAUGGGCCGCUCCGCCUCCUCCUCCUCCGCCGUGCUGCUCCCUUCCUCCGCGCGCCCUUCCUCGCACGCCGCCCGGACCAUCUCCUGCUCCCUCACCUCCGACCUCCGCGAGGUCGCCACCAAGUGCGCCGACGCCGCCAAGCUCGCCGGCUUCGCCCUCGCCACCUCCGCCCUCCUCGUCUCGGGCGCGAGCGCGGAGGGGGCGCCGAAGCGGCUGACCUUCGACGAGAUCCAGAGCAAGACGUACAUGGAGGUCAAGGGGACGGGGACAGCCAACCAGUGCCCGACCAUCGACGGCGGGGUCGACGCCUUCCCCUUCAAGGCCGGCAAGUACGAGAUGAAGAAGUUCUGCCUGGAACCCACCUCCUUCACCGUGAAAGCCGAGGGCAUCGCCAAGAACGCGCCGCCCGAGUUCCAGAAGACCAAGCUCAUGACCCGGCUCACCUACACGCUGGACGAGAUCGAGGGGCCACUCGAGGUGGCCGCCGACGGCACGCUCAAGUUCGAGGAGAAGGACGGGAUCGACUACGCCGCCGUCACGGUCCAGCUCCCUGGCGGCGAGCGCGUGCCGUUCCUCUUCACCGUCAAGCAGCUCGUGGCCACGGGGAAGCCCGAGAGCUUCAGCGGGCCGUUCCUCGUGCCCAGCUACCGUGGGUCCUCGUUCCUUGACCCCAAGGGCCGUGGUGGGUCGACCGGGUAUGACAACGCGGUGGCGCUCCCCGCCGGAGGCAGAGGGGAUGAGGAGGAGCUGGCCAAGGAGAACGUGAAGAACGCGUCGUCGUCGCAGGGGAACAUCACGCUCAGCGUCACCAAGAGCAAGCCGGAGACCGGGGAGGUCAUCGGCGUCUUCGAGAGCGUGCAGCCGUCCGACACCGACCUCGGCGCCAAGGCGCCCAAGGACGUCAAGAUCCAGGGCGUCUGGUACGCGCAGCUCGAGUCUAACUAGAAAAAGGAUCGGUCGAUCAUCGGAGAAGAACACUUCCUCCGUGCAUAUGCGUGUACGUGGGUUGAUCGGUGGAGAGAGAAAGGCAAUGCGCCAUGUGUGUAUGUAGUAAUGCGAACCUGGCCCCUGCUGUUGGUUGUAAUUUUUAGCCUUUGUAAUUUCUUCCUCACCAACUGGUAUUGAUCCCCCCAUGAAUCAGCAUGUGUGAUGUGCCUCUA